AUGGGUGACCAGUUCAGAACAGAUGUAAAACUUACAAUAAAACUAUUUAAUUGUCUGAUAAAACCAAUCCUGUUGUAUGGUAGCGAAGUCUGGGGUGUGGAUAAGAAAAAGAAUCUAAAUGGCGACCCAACUGAAACGGUACAAGUUACAAUUCUGCAAAAUGCUGCUGGGCUGCAGUACACUUAUUUAGUGCCAUACAUUUAUUUAGUGCCAUACACUUAUUUAGUGCCAUACACUUAUUUAGUGCCAUACACUUAUUUAGUACCAUACACUUAUUUAGUGCCAUACACUUAUUUAGUGCCAUACAUUUAUUUAGUGCCAUACGCUUAUUUAGUGCCAUACACUUAUUUAGUGCCAUACGCUUAUUUAGUGCCAUACACUUAAUUAGUGCCGUACACUUAUUUAGUGCCGUACACUUAUUUAGUGCCAUACACUUAUUUAGUGCCAUACACUUAUUUAGUGCCAUACACUUAUUUAGUAAUGCAGUGUGCGGCAGUUUUCCAUACCCGCAAACUCAGAUGUCCUGAUAGUAGUUUCAGUGUCUGGAUUGACGUGGGGCAUCUGAUUUUGUGGGAAUGCAAACCUGUGCUGGCAUACAUUAAAUAUUUAGUGCCCCACAUGAAAUAUUUAGUGCCCCACGUUAAAUAUUUAGUGCCAUUCAUUUAAUAUUUACUGCCAUACAUUAAAUAUUUAGUGCCACACAUUAAAUAUUUAGUGCCACACAUCAAAUAUUUAGUGCCAGACAUCAAAUAUUUAGUGCCACCCCACAUUUAA